AUGAACAACAAUUUCUUCACACACGGGGACGCCAAGUUCAACUGCUCAGCUGCUGCGUGGAGCGCCGAUCUCAACUGCCUCCCCACUGGCCUGCUCAUCUGUGGCCGCGUUCCCUCCUCAAGGUCCCCAGCUGCCUGCGCUGCGUUUUGUGGGUUGGUGGCUGGGUCCACUGCCCCUGUGUGUGGGGGGCGUGGCUACUGCUCUGUAAAUGAGUUCACUGGAAGGGGGGAGUGUGUGUGCGAUCCCAACUACCUGCUUGACAGCACCAACACCAACGCAUGUGUGCCUGGAGCCGUUGGGGGAUCGCUGGCAUCGGCCUCUGCCUAUGUGUCGCUGCAGGGCUCAGCCGCUGUGCUUUCCAACGGCUCCAUUCUUCUCACAGGAGGGGCGCCCAACCAGCAGGGAGCAGCGUUUGCCUCUCCUGCGCUGCGCCUCUUCUACUCCCAUUUCGGCCUCGGCUAA